AUGACGCACAAACGCGCGGUGUCUGAUGAUUCGUCAUUCUAUGGGGAUAUAAAUGCAAUUGAAUACCUCAAUCAACGAGUUGACUCUUUUGAUCCUGACGAAUGGAUGAUGCAGCAUCACGAACAGCCAGGGUGGGCGCAGCCGCGCAUCCUCCCGACUCCCACCGCAUCUGACUUGCACAACCCCUACGCCGGAGUUUCAUAUGCAUGGCAGCUUACAGAAUCGGUGGACGAUUUUCUUGCACGUCUUCCUCCAGCCACAACAGCCCAAACGAGCGAAAUUCCGUGGAUUUACAUAUGCAACCCUUACAUAGCACGCGUUGCGAAACCGGACAGCUUAAACCAAAAGAGCAAAGGCAACGAAGACGAGGGGCCAGAGCAGGAAGGUUCCAAGUUAGACGUCGUUAUUGAGGGAGGUAUGGAGCGACUUGAACUCUUGGGCAACUUUCUCCAGGAGGUGCCGAAGUUCGGUAAACCACCAUCCACCACAGAGAGUGAGAAGAACAAAGAGCGGGCGCAGGCUACACUGAACAUUUUGCAUCUUGCCCACGUUGGAAAAGUCCGUGCAGGAAAGUGGAUGCUCUUUUGUGAUGUUUUGGAGGUGAAUGGGGUUUGGGACAUUGUUGCUAAAGCGACAGCAAGUAAUGAGCUUGGAAUUGCGUCAAAAGUUGCUCCGCGACCGGAGCAGGGUGAUUUGCGAAAAGAGCGUCUCAUUUGUGUGUAUACAAAGGACUUUAUGGACAAGGUCGACGUUGGACGUGUUGUGCAAAGGUUGAAAGAGCUUGGGUUGGCAGAUAACAAGUCGCGAAGGAUUUACUACAAGCCCGACGUCUUUACGUAUUUAGGGAUAUCGGGCGGAAACACAUGGGGUUUAAAGGCGUCCAUCUACAACUCCUCGGAAGCAUUUCCGUCAGGACAAGAUGUUGCGAUGGCGCUCUAA